AUGGCGGCGCGCGCGCUGCUGCUGCUGGCGGCGCUGUGCGGCGCGCGCGGCGCCGGCCCCGGGCCCCCCCCACAUGCCGCGCCAGCGCUGAGCUUCGACCUGCCGCUCUACAACGUCUCCAUUCCCGAGAAUAGCGCGCCGCGGACGUACGCGGUGCAGUCGCCUGCCGCGCCACCACUCGGCGUGCGCCUGCCCGCGCCCGCCGCACGCGUUCGCUUCCGCAUCCGGCACGGCGACAAGGACAAGUUCUUCAAGGCCGAGGAGCGCGUCGUCGGCGACUUCUGCUUCCUGCAGAUCCGCACGCGCACGGGCCAGGCCGACGUGCUCAACCGGGAGCGGCGCGACUCCUACCGCCUGGAGGUGCGCGCGACGGCGCAGCUGGCAGGCGGCGCGCAGCUGGAGGCCGACGCCGUCGUCGCCGUCGAGGUCACCGACGAGAACGACCUCAGCCCGCUGUUCUACCCGACCGAGUACGACGUGACGGUCCCGGAGGAUGCCGCGCUGCACUCGAGCGUCGCGCGGGUCUUCGCGGAGGACGCCGACCUCGGCAUCAACGGCGAGAUAUACUACAGCCUCGCCGAGCCGACGGACCGCUUCGCCGUGCACGUGACGAGCGGCGUGGUGACCUUGACGCGCGUGCUGUCCGCGCUGGAGAGUACUAGGCACGUCGUCACGGUGCUGGCGCACGACCGCGCCUCGCUCAUCGCGCGCGGGGACGACGCACCCGCCGCGCGCGCCACGCUCGUGGUCCGCGUCGCGCGGGCCAACCUGCACGCCCCGGAGAUCGCGGUGCGCCACCUGCCGCUCCCGAUGGGGAACUCAACGGGCGACAUCUACGCCAUCGUCGCCGUGACCGACCGGGACGCCGGCGAGCACGGCCGCAUCGCCGACCUGGACAUCGUCGACGGAGACCCGGACGGCCAUUUCCGCGUCCGGAAGUCGGCCCAGGCGGGGGAGUACGACGUCCUGGUGCACGCGCUGCUGGACCGUGGGGGCGCGCCGCGCGUUUACAACCUGACCCUGCGCGCGACGGACGCCGGCACGCCACCGCGCUCCUCCUACGCGACGCUGCCCGUGACGCUGCUCAACACCGACGACGACGCCCCAGUCUUUAGCCGCGAGAUCUACGAGGCGAGCCUGUCGGAGACCGCGCCGCCGAACACGCCGGUCAUUCGCCUCAAAGUGACGGAGCGCGACGGUGGCGCCGCGCGAGUCUACAUCGAGAUAGUCGGGGGCAACGAGGGCGGGGAGUUCGCGGUGAACCCCGACACCGGCGUGCUGUACACCGCUGUCCGGCUCGAUGCCGAGGACAAGGCCCUGUACACCCUCACCGUGUCCGCCAUAGACCAGGGCGACGCCGGCACUAGGAAGCAGUCCUCGGCAAAGGUGAAGAUAGCGGUUCUGGACGCCAACGACAACGACCCCGUGUUCGAGGACGGGGACAUGGAGGUGGCGCUGGCCGAGAACGGGGCAUCGGGCGCCGAGGUGGCUCGCGUGCUGGCGCGCGACGCGGACUCCGGCGAGAACGCGUACAUAUCGUACAGCAUCGCCAACCUGCAGCCGGUGCCCUUCGACGUGGAUCACUUCUCCGGCGUCGUUCGAACAACGCGCCUCCUGGACUACGAGAGCAUGCGGCGGGAGUACGUGCUGCAGAUCCGGGCGAGCGACUGGGGGCUGCCGUACCGCCGCCAGGCCGAGAUGCGGCUGACGGUGCGCCUCGAGGACGUCAACGACAACCGACCUCAGUUCGAGCGCGUCGACUGCGUCGGCUACGUGCCGCGGGGCUCGGCGAUCGGCUCCGAGAUAGUGACCCUGUCGGCCAUCGACUUCGACUCCGGCGACGUGGUCUCGUACCGCGUGAUCGGCGGAAACGAGGACAACUGUUUUUCGCUCGAUUCCACCACCGGGGUUUUGAUUCUCUCGUGCGACCUCGCGGACGUCCGGGCGGAGACGCGAAUCCUGAACGUGACAGCGACCGACGGAACGCACUUCGCCGACGCGGCCACGCUCACCCUCCACCUGGUAAGCGGCGCCGGCCGCGCGGAGGCCGGCGCGCUCGAGUGCCGCGACACCGGCGUCGCCCGGCGCCUCACGGAGACGCUGGCCGCGGCGGAGCGGAGCAACGCCCCCGUCGACUUCGCCGAGGACUUCCCCCCGGCGCCGUCCCGUUACGGGGAGAACCUCCACUACCCGGAGUUCGUGGACUUUCCGGUGGAAGUGAAAGUGAACGAGUCGGUCGCGCUCGGCACCUCACUGGUGCACCUCCACGCGAGCGACCGCGACCUGGGCUACAACGGGCUACUCGUGUACGCCAUAUCCGGCGGCGACGCCGACUCCGCCUUCCGCAUCGACCCCGACACGGGUGAGCUGAAGGUGAUCGGCUACCUCGACCGCGAGCGCGAGAGCGAGUACUACCUGAACGUGACCGCGUACGACCUGGGUGCUCCGCAGCGCUCGGCGUCGCGCCUGCUGCCCGUCACCGUGCUCGACGUCAACGACAACCCGCCGCGCUUCGAAAGGACGCUCGCCAGCUUCCGCGUCACCGAGAACGCCAUCAACGGCACCGCCAUCUUCCGCGCCAACGCCACGGACCCCGACGGCGGCGCGUUCGGGCGCGUGUCGUACGCGCUGCUCGGCGGCGAGGGCGACUUCUGCGUGGACCGCGAUGGCGUGGUGGCGGUGUGCGCGGCGCUGGACCGCGAGCGGCGCGCGCUGUACGAGCUGACGGUGCGCGCGACGGACGGCGGCGGGCUGAGCGCCGAGGCGGUGGUGCGCGUCGCCGUUGACGACGUCAACGACGUGGCGCCGCGGUUUGCGCUGGCGGCGUACAGCGCGCGCGUGCGGGAGGACGUGCCGCGCGGCACCGUGGUGGCUGUGUUGGAGGCGUUCGACCCGGACCUGGGCGCCGGCGGCCGCGUCUCCUACAGCCUGCCCGACCAGCCGCCCGACGACGCCGCCUUCACCGUCGAUCCCACCUCGGGCACGCUGCGCACCGCCCGCCGCCUCGACUACGAGGAGCGCCAGGUGUACGGUGUGACUGUGCGAGCAACGGACGGCGGCGCGCCGGCGCUCUGGGCGGAGGCGACGCUCAUCGUGGAGGUGGGCGACGUGGACGAGAACGCGCACGCGCCGGCCUUCCCCGCGCCCGCCAUCGCCGCCACGGUGCGCGAGGACGCCGCGCCGCCCGCGCCCGUGCUGCGCGUCGCCGCCGCCGACGCCGACCCGCCCGGCCGCGACUCCCGUCUCGCCUACUACAUCCUGGCUGGCUCCGGCAUGCCGCACUUCGCCGUCGACGACACCGGCACCCUCCGCACGCAGACGCCGCUCGACCGCGAGACCGCGCCGCACUACUGGCUGACGCUGUGCGCGCAGGACCACGGCCUCGUGCCGCGCCACUCCUGCGUGCACGUGUACGUCGAGGUGGAGGACGUCAACGACGUGGCGCCGUGGCCGGAGCGCGCUGAGUACAUCGCGGUCGUGCCGGAGCACUGCCCCCCCGGCACGCCGGUGGCUCGCGUAACCGCGGUGGACGGCGACGCGGCGCCGGCGCCCGCGCGCCUGCGCUACUCCAUCGCGGCUGGCAACCCAGACGGCUUGUUCGCCGUCGACGAGCUCACCGGCGCCGUGACGACGACGGGCCGCGCGUUGGACCGCGAGGCGGCGGCGGCGCACGCGAUCGAGGUGGCCGUGUCGGACGGCGAGCUGACGGGCUCGGCGCGCGUGCGCGUGCUGCUGGCGGACAUCAACGACCACGCGCCCGCCUUCACGCAGAGCUACUACGACGUGCGCGUACCCGGGCUAGGGGCGCGGGGCGCGGUCGCCGGCGACGAAGACGACGCCAGCUCGGAGGGCGAGGCGGACGACGCGGACGACGCUGACGACGAGGGGGAGGGCGCGCGCUGGGAGCUGUGGGACGGCGACGAGGCGGCGGCGGGCGCGUACGCGGUCACGGUGCUGGCGCUGGAUGCGGACGCGGGCGACAACGGCACGGUGCGCUACUCCGGCCGCGCGCGGGGGCCGGCGCGCCGCCUGUUGCGGGUGCAUGCGCGCUCUGGCCGCGUCUACGUCUCUCCGCGCCUCGAUCUAGCGCCGCCCCGCGCUCACGAGAUUGCUGUGCGGGCGUGCGACGGCGGACGGCCGGCGCGGUGCGCGGUGGCGCGCGUGCGCGUGCGCGGCGCGGGGCGGGGCGGGGGCGGAGCGCCGGUGCUGCGCGCGCCCGCGCCGCUGCAGGCCGCCGAGCUGGACGCGCCCGGCUUCCUCCUGGCGCUGCUGCAGGCCACCGACCCCGACGGCGACGCUCUCUACUACGACAUCGUCGACGGCGAUCCAGACGGCGACUGGGUGGUGGGGCGCGAGGACGGCAGCGUGGUGCUGGCGCGCCGGCUGCUGUGGGAGCGGCGCGCGGCGUACGCGCUCAACGUGAGCGUCACCGACGGCGCGCGCACGACGCAUGCGCUCGUGGCCGUGACCGUGAUCAACGACGCGCACGAGGGGGGCGUGGCGUUCGAGCGCGAGCGGUAUGCGGUGGACGUGUCGGAGGCGGCGCGGCCGGGCGAGGCGCUGGUGGCGCUGCGGGCGGCAGCGGCGGGCGGCGCGCGCCUGCUGUACGGUGUGCUGGCCGCGCGCGCACCGCGUGAUCUGCCGCUGUUCCGCCUGCACGAGCUCACCGGCGUGCUGGAAUUGGCGCGCCCGCUCGACCGGGAGACGGCGGCCACCCACGAGCUGACGGUGUGGGCGCGCGACCAAGCGCCACGCGCGUCAGUCGCGUUCGCGCGCGUCACCGUGCGCGUCCACGACGCCGACGAGCACACGCCCGAGUGGGGCCGGCGGCUGUGGGAGGCGCGCGUGCCCCGCACGGCCGCGCCGGGCGCGCUGCUGGCGCCGCUGCGCGCUUCCGACCGCGACGCCGGCGCCGCGCCGCCGCGCUACUCGCUCACCGGCGACGCCCGCGGCCUGUUCGUCGUCGACGACAACGGUGACGUGCGGCUGGCGCGCGCGCUGCCCGCCACCGGGCCGCGCGAGUACGCGCUCACGGUGCGCGCCGCCGGCCCGCCGCCCGCCGCGCGCGCCGCCACGCUGCCGCUUCACGUCAUCGUGGUCGAGCCCGACGACGCGCCUCCCAGGUUCGUGUCGGACGACAUCGCGGUGGAGGUGUACGAGAACUCGGCGGCGGGCACGGUGGUGGCGACGGUGGAGGCGCGCUCGGCGACCGCUGUGCGGUACUGGCUGGCGGGGGGCGGGGGGCGAUUCCGCCUCAACCCCGCCCACGGUGCGCUCGCCCUCGCCGCGCCGCUCGACUACGAGACCCGGGACCUCUACAACCUCACCGUCACCGCGCAGAACAUGGGCGGCGGCGAGGCGACGGCGCGCGUGACGGUGCACGUGCUGGACCGCAACGAGUUCCCGCCGGUGCUCGAGUGCGCCCACUACCGCGGACGCGUCUCCGAGUCGGCCGCAGCGGGUGCGCUCGUGCUGGACUCGGCUGGCGCGCCGCUGGUGCUCCGCACGACGGACGCGGACGGCACCGCCGGCCCGCGCACCUUCACCGUGCACCCGCCCGCCGCCGCCGCGCUGUUCCGCGUCGACGCCACCACCGGCGCGCUCGCGCUCGCCGCGCCACUCGACUACGAGGCCCGGGCCGUGCACGACUUCACUGUGCGCGUCGAGGACGCGGGCGUGCCGCGCCUGCCCGCCCACAGUACGGCCGCCGUCACCGUCGACGUCCUCGACGAGAACGAUACGCCCCCCGCGUUCGAGCGCGUAUCAUACGAGGCCAGCGUCCUGCUGCCCACCGCCGCCGGCGUGCUCGUGCUGGCGCUGGCGGCUCGCGACCCCGACGGCCCCGCCGUCAAGUACGACAUCGCAGACGGCGACCCCCGCGGCGCCUUCACGGUGGACGCGAGUGGCUCCUUACGCGUCGCUGACGCCGCCGCCGUGCCGCCCGCCGCGCGCCUGCGCGUGCGCGCCUCCGACGGCAAGUUCGCGGCGACGACGCGCGUCGACGUGCGCGCGCUCGAGCCCGACAACUCGGGCCUGGCGUUCCAGAAGGCGGACUACUACGGCUCCGUGGUUGAGAACUCGACGAAGCCCGCGACCGUGGUGGUGCCGGCCGUGCUGGGCGCCGCGCUCGACGAGCACGUGGAGUUCUCGAUCCUCAACCCGGCGGAGGGGUUUGAGAUCGGAUCGACUUCGGGCGCGGUGCGCACCACGGGGCUGGCGUUCGACCGCGAGCUCCGCGACUCGUAUAUGCUGCUGGUGCAGGCGCGGAGCGCGGGGCGCGGCGCGGCGCGGGGGGCGGGGAGGGUGGCGCGCGCGCGGCUGCACGUGACGGUAUCGGACGUCAACGACAACUGCCCGGUGUUCGUGGGGCUGCCGUAUGCGGCGGCGGUGCGCGCUGGCGCCGAGCCCGGCCCGGUGCUGCGCGUGCGGGCCGUCGACGCUGACGCCAACGACAAUGGCGAGGUGCGGUACGAGAUGAAGCGCGGUCACGGCGAGCUGUUCCGCGUGGACCGGCGGUCGGGCGAGGUCGCCCUCAAGCAGACUCUCGACGCCCACAACCAGCUCUACACGCUCGUCGUCGCCGCCUUCGACGGAGGCACGCCAGCGUGCGGGUCGGAGGCGACGGUGUCGGUGCGCGUGUGGGCGGGGGGCGCGGCGCCGGCGUGGCCCACCCCGCACGAGGCGCGCGCCGUGCGCGAGGACACGCCCCCCGGCACGCCGCUCGGCCCGCCCCUGCGCGCCGUCUCCCCGCUCUCCCGCCAGCUCAUAUACACGCUGCAGGAAGGCGCCGCCGACCUCUUCGAGAUACAUUUUGACACGGCGCCCCGGGGGAGCGGCUCAUGCACGCUGGUGGCGCGCGGCGCGCUGGACUACGAGGCGGCGCGGUCGCACGCGCUGGUGGUGCGCGCGACGGACGCGGCGAGUGGGCUGGCCGCUGACCUGGCGCUGACGCUGGACGUGCUCGACGCCAACGACUGCGCGCCGCAGUUCGAUCGCGACGAGUACCGCGCCACCGUGACAGAGGCGGCCGCCGUCGGGACGACUCUUCUCACGAUGCGCGCCACCGACGCCGACAGCGGCGAGAACGGGGAGAUCGUGUACUCGCUGGCGUCGUGGGGCGACGAGGGGGCGGCGGCGUUCGCGGUGGACGAGCGCAGCGGUGCGGUGCGCGUGGCGGCGGCGCUGGACCGCGAGACGCGCGCUACACACCACCUGCUCGUCACCGCCACCGACGCCGGCCGACCGCCGCUAGCCACCACCGUGCACCUCAUCGUCGCAGUGGAAGACGUGAACGACAACGCGCCGCGCAUGGAGCGCGCAGUGAUCUCAGCGGUGGUGUCGGAGGAGGCGGCCCGCGGCACGGCGCUGGCCCGCGUCGUGGCCGUGGACGAGGACGCCGACGCCGAGCUCGAGUACGCGCUGGUGGCCGAGCCGGCCGCACGCCGCGCACUCGCGCUCGACCCGCGCACCGGCGUCCUGGCGCUACGGGACGCCCGCGCCGCCGCCGCCGCCGCCGUCAGCGCGCGCUCCCUCAACGUGUCCGUGUCUGACGGCGCGCACGCCACGUUCGCGCGCAUCAAGCUGUCGCUCGCGCCCGUCAACCGCGCGCCGCCGCACUUCCCCCACCUCGUGCACGAGGCGCGGGCCGUAGAGAACCAGCCGCCGCCGCUGCUCCUCACCACGGUGAAGGCGUACGACGACGACGUCGGCGAGUACGGCACGGUGACUUACUCGAUCCCGUCGGGCGUCCUGCGCGAGACGUUCGCGGUGGACCCCGGGUCCGGCGCGCUGACGACGCGCGUGGCGCUGGACCGCGAGCAGCGCGCUGAGUGGGAGGUGCCAGUGACGGCCAGCGACGGUGGCGGGUUGCUGCGCCACACCGCCGUGCGCGUGCGCGUCGCCGACGCCAACGACAACGCGCCCGAGUUCCCGCUGCGCGAGUACCGCGCCGCCGUGCGCGCAGACCGCGCGCCGCACGCCCCCUUCCUCACGAUGACGGCGUGCGACGCGGACGCGGGCGAACACGCGCGCCUCACCUACAGCGUGGUGGAGGGCGAGCGCGCCGACACCGCCGGCCUCUUCGCCGUCGACCCGCACACCGGCGCGCUUGCCUUCGCGCGCAACGCCUCCGCCUUCGCGGGUCGCACGGUACAGGUGUGGGUGCGGGCGGUGGACGGAGGCGGCCUGGCGGGCGAGGCGGCGGCGGCGGUGUCGGUGCUGGCGGCAGGCAAGGGCGCGGGGGGCGGGCCGGUGGGGUUGCGCGCGCCUCCGCCCGACGUGUACGUGCGCGAGGAUGCGGCGCCGGGCACGCUGCUGGCGGAGCUGGGCGGCGCGCGGCUGCGACUGGCGGCGCCGGCGCGCACCGCCGACCGCGACCUGUUCGCCCUCGACGCCGCCGGCCGCCUGCUGCUAGCCGCGCCGCUCGACCGCGAGAUCGCUCACGAACAUGUCAUCGGUAUAAUAGCGGAGAGCGGCGACGGUGAGGGGGGCGCGGCGGUGAUGGCGGUGACUCGGCUGCACGUGCUGGACGUCAACGAGCACGCGCCCGCCUUCCACUCUCGCCCCUACGUCGUGCACCUCGCCGAGAACGCCCCGCCCGGCACCAGCCUCGUGCAAUUGAUGGCGGACGAUCCCGACGCUGGCGCCAACGGCGAAGUUCGCUUCGCGCUAGCGGCUGACGAGGGUGCGGACGAGGCGCCGUUCGCGGUGGACGCGCAGAGCGGCUGGGUGACGACGACCGCCGCGCUGGACCGCGAGGCGCGCGCCGAGUACCGCCUGGCGCUGGUGGCCCACGACGGCGGGGUGCCGCGGCGCAGCUCGCGCGGCUCGCUCGUCGUGCGUCUCGUGGACUACAACGACUGCGCGCCGCGGUUCGAGCGGGAGCAGUACGCGGCAGGCGUGCGCGAGGACGCGGCGGCGGGCACGGUGGUGGCGCGGCUGGCGGUGCGCGACGAGGACGCGGCCGGCGUGCCGCUGCAGUACUUCGUGGCGGCGGGCGACACGCGCGCGCGGUUCCAGCUGCGCGGCGGCGAGCUGCUGGUGGCGCGCGCGCUCGACCGCGAGCUGCAACCCGCCUACGACCUCACCGUCGCCGCCACCGACGGCAAGUUUACCGCCUACGCCGCCGUUCACGUCGACGUCAUCGAUGUCAAUGAUAACCCCCCGUACUGCGUGCGGCAGCGGUACAGCGCGCGCGUGUCGGAGGCGGCGGUGGCGGGCGCGGCGCUGCUCACGCUCGAGACGCGCGAUGCCGACACGCCCGAACACGCGCGACUGCGGUACUACCUCACCGGCGACGGCGCCGAACAGUUCACCAUCGACCAGGAGAGCGGCCAGGUGCGAGUGGGCGGUGCGCUGGACCGCGAGACGCGCGCGCGCUACACGCUGCGGGCGCACGCCGCCGACCGCGAGCGGCCGGACUGGGGCUGCUCGGCCGAGCUACACAUAGACCUGGACGACGUCAACGACAACGCGCCCGCCUUUACCGCGCCGCUUUACAGCGUCACGCUGCCCGAGGACGCGCCGCUCGGCUCCUUAGUCGCCAAGGUUCAUGCGACUGACGAAGAUCUCGGGGAAAACCGACUGCUUCGGUUUUCGUUAGCCGAGGGCCCGAACGACGUCUUCGAGAUCACAGCCGACAGCGGCAUCAUCACCCUGCGCGCGCCGCUCGACCGCGAGGCGCAGGCGGAGCAUCGCCUGGCCGUGCGCGUGGCGGACGCCGGCCGCCCGUCGCUCACCGCCACCGCUGCCGUGCGCCUCACCGUCGCCGACGUCAACGACAACCCGCCCGUGUUCGAGCGCACCUCCUACACCAUCGCCGUCGCCGAGCUGACCGCCCCCAGCGCCGAGCUGCUGCGCAUCCGCGCCACCAGCCAGGACACCGGCGUCAACGCCGUCGUCCACUACGACCUUGUCGCCGGCGAAGACCGCGAGGACUUCAUCCUAGACCGCACCACUGGCGUGCUCAGCGUCGCCCGGCCGCUCGACUACGAGCGCCGGCGCGAGUACCUCCUCACCGUGCAGGCCGUGGACGGCGGGUCGCCGCCGCUCAGUGACCACGCCACCGUCAACGUCACCGUCACUGACGCCAACGACAACGCCCCAGUGUUCUCGCAGCCGGCGUACGGCGCCCGCAUCCGCGAGGACGCCGCCGUCGGCGCGCGUAUUCUGCAGGUCAUCGCGGACGACGCGGACUCGGGUGCCAACGGCCGCGUGACGUACUCCAUAGUGCGGGGCGACCGCGCCGGGCACUUCGCCGUCGAUCCCGAUACCGGCUACGUGUCGGUGGCCGCGCCCCUCGACCGCGAGACCGUCGCCGCGUAUGCGCUGGAGGUGCGGGCGCGCGACCGCGGCUCGCCGGCGCUCGAGGCGACCGUCGCUCUCACCGUGGAGGUCACCGACGCCAACGACAACCCGCCCCUGUUCGCGCGAACCAACUAUUCGGCCGUGGUGCGGGAGGACCGCCCGCUCGGGCACACGAUCCUCGAGUUCGUGGUCGACGAUGCGGACGCACCACCGAACGCCGCGCCGUACACUUUCGACUUUCAGUCCGGCAACGAAAAGGGCGCGUUUCGCCUCGACCAGGACGGCCGUUUGAGGUCGGCGACGCGCUUCAACCACCGCAUCAAGGAUCGCUACGUGCUGCAGGUGCGGGUCUUCGACAACGGGACCCCGCCGCUCUUCUCGGACGCCUGGGUGUACAUCAGGGUGAUCGAGGAGUCGCAGUACCCGCCCGUCGUCACCCCGCUGGAAGUGGUCAUCAACUCCUACCUCGACGAGUUCCCGGGCGGCGUGAUCGGGCGCGUGUACGCGUCCGACCGCGACGCGGACGACACGCUGAGCUACGGCCUGGCGCCGGCGGAGGGCGCGCCGUACCCCCCUGCCGACCUGUUCGAAAUCGACGCCGCCGACGGCACGCUGCGCGCCGCCCCGCGCCUCGACGUCGGUGACUACCGCCUCAACGUCACGGUCGACGACGGAAAGUUCGCCGGCUUCGCGAUCGUCAGGGUGUCGGUAGUACUCGUGUCGGACGAGUUGCUCGCGCAGGCCGUCGUCGUGCGCUUCCGCGAGGUCACCGACGCCGAUUUCGUGCUGAGCCAUCGGAAGGGCUUUGUGCGCGCGGUGAGGGAGGCCGCCGACUGCGAGCCCGGUGACGUGGUUCUCGUCAGCGUGAUGCCGGCGGCGGACGGGCGCGAGCGGCAGGCUCGGCAGGUGGCGCGCGACCUGGACGUCGCUUUUGCGGUGCGCGCGCCCAGCGCCGGUGGCUUCCUGCCGGCCGACGCGCUACGCCGCCGCCUGCACGCGCAUCUUGAGCGGCUGGAGGAGAGCGCCCGCCUCGUGGUGGAGGAGCUGCUGCGCGCCGCGUGCGGCGGUUGCCUUCACGGCGCCUGCGCCGAGCGCGUCGCCCUGGAGGCGGCAGCGCCGCGCGUCGUCGCGUCGGACGUGUUCGCGCUGGUGGCACCGCCGCACAGCCUGCGCGGCGAGUGCGUAUGCGCGCCGGGCUACGGCGGCGAGCGCUGCGAUGCGGCCGCCGCCCCGUGCGACUGCGGCGGGGAGCGGUGCGAGCCGGGCUGCCGGGUGGCGGCGCAGGUUGCGUACCUUCAGGGUGACGGCUACCUGUCGUACGCGCUCGAGCGCGGCGCGGUGGCGGGCGCGCGGGUGCCAGACGACGAGCUCAUGGUGGCGCUCCGGUUUCGGACGCGGCAGCCGCGCGGCGUCCUGCUGGCGGUGGAGGGCCGCGUGGACUACGGCGUGCUGGAGCUGGUGGAGGGGCACGUGCAGUUCCGGCUGGAGCUGGGCGCGGGCGAGGCGCGGGUGCGCGCGGGCGGGCCGGCAGCGGACGGGGAGUGGCACGAGGUGCGGCUGGAGCGGCGCGGGGCGGCGGUGCGGCUGGCGGUGGACCGGCGCGCGGCGCACGCCACGGCCCCGCCCCCCGCCGCCGUGCUCGACGCGCGCGCCGACCGCGUGCUCGUCGGUGCUGCGCUCGCUCGACACGCUCAUGCGCUUGCGCCGGAGCAGAUAACUUACGGAUUUUACGGAUGUCUCUCCGACAUCAAAAUCGGAGGGAGCGCGCUACCCCUGGAGGAGGGCAGCACGUCAGCGGAUGGGCGUGCGCAAUUGAUGCGGCGCGUGCGAGUGCGCGUGGGCGGCACGUGCCCCGCGCUGCCGGCGCCGGACGCGUGCGGCGCGCAGCCCUGCCUCAACGGCGGCACGUGCCGGGUGACGGCGGGCGGCGGCGGGUACGAGUGCGCGUGCCACGAGCGUUUCUCGGGGCGGCGCUGCGAGGUGGACGCGGACCCAUGCGCGUCGGCCCCGUGCCUGCACGGCGGGUACUGUGCGGCGGCGGGCGGCGCGUGGCGGUGCGCGUGCGCGGCGGGGCUGGCGGGCGCGCGGUGCGAGCGUGGCCGCUGGUGCGGCGCCGGUGCGUGCCUCAACGGCGGCGCGUGCGAGGAGGGCGAGUGGGGCCCGUCGUGCCGGUGUCGCGGUUACUACGGCCCGCGCUGCCAGUAUGACGUGGACGAGUGCCUGGGCGAGCCCUGCCUCAACGGCGCCACCUGUCUCAACGAGCCCGGAUCCUUCCGCUGCCUGUGCCCGCCCGAUAAGACCGGCAUGAACUGCGGCAACCCGCUGUACUCGGACGCGGUGGUAGCGGGCGAGGCCGCGGGCGGCGGGCGCGCUCUGCGCGAGUUGUGGCACUGGGCGCUCGCUGCGCGCUGGCCCCUGGCGGCGGCGGGCGCGGCGUUGCUGCUGCUGCUGCUACUGGCCGCGCUGCCGCCGCUGCUCCGCCGUGCGCGCCGACCGCCGCCCGCGCCACUCAACAGCGCCAUCGAGAAGCGGCCGCCGCGCGCCAAGCUGUCCAACCUGGAGGCGGGGCGGCGCGGCCGGCCGAUUUCCUGCGCCGAGCCGCCGCCGCUCAACAACAUCGACACGCUCCGCUCGUACGGCUCCGCCGGCGACGAGCUGGAGCUGCCGCCCGACUACCUGCGGAACCUCAACGUCGAGCCCGUCGACCGCAAGCCCUGGUCCGAGCAGAUGCACCUGCACACCUUCGUCGACAACAAGAUAUACAACGAUCUCAAGGCGUGCAACACGCGGCGCGGGCGCGCGGGCGAGCCGCACCUGGUGGGCGGGUACCACUGGGACUGCUCGGACUGGUGCGGCGGCGGCGCGCUGCCCGGCAUCAGCGAGGUGGCGGGCUCGGAGCGGCCCGACACGGAGUCACCGUCGCCGCCGUCGCCGCCGACGUCGCGGCCGCGCGCGCUCUUGCCGCCCGACACCGACUCCGCGCCCGACGAUCUCGACGCGCUUCGUUUCACGGACGUGUCUUCGUGCCUGCUGCACGAGGACCGCUCGCCGCCGCCGGACGUCGCGCUCGACGAGUCGGCGCUGCGCGCGCGCUCGCUGCGGGACACCGACGCCCACAGCCUCAUCACGAUGUUAGAGGAGCGGCACUCGCUGCUGGGUGGGUCGUCGCGCUGCAGCUCGCUGUCGGCGCACCUGUGCGAGAUCGAGGAGUCGGACGCGGACGACGCGGACGAGUGCGGGGACGCCCCGCCCCCCGCGCCUCCCGUGCCUGCCACGCACACGGAGGUGUGACAGCGGCGCGCGGCCGCAGCGCCGCAGCCCCGCUCGCGCGCCUAGCACGCGCCCCGCACCCCCCGCCGCAUGGUUAUAUACGAGACUAUAUUUUGAUGUGAUAUCCGACUCCCCCCGAGAGUGCGGCUGCGGUUGGACUGCGGAGCCGGAGUCGCGAAAGAUGCCGAGCGAUGUUCGUCUGUACCAUAUAGGCUAAGUCGGGACGUCGCCGGCCGUCGGCGCCGACGGGGGCGCAUCGGGACCUGUAUAUAUAGUUUUACGCGAGGCCGACGUGUAUGUAUGUAUAUAAGUUGGAGUCGCGUCGAAUCGACGCGGCGAGUGACUACCAUGGUGCUCCGAAGAUAGUUUCAUAUCAUAACUUAAAAGUAUAUGCAUUUACGACUCUCUCUCCUGUAGGCUAGUUACGUGUAAGUAUUCUAUUUUUAUAUGUGUACGGCCGCGCGCCUCGUGCCGUACUGACUGACCGGUGCGCCGUUCGGCGCCUUACCGUUUCGUUACUAAAGUCGUUUGUGUCUCCCGUAUGAUUGAUGAUAAUAAUUUAUUUGACUAUUGUUGUGUUGUAUGUUUUAAAACGACUAAUAAAGCGAACAGAGUACAAUCGAAA